AUGUCAGCGGCGCGACCUCGAGGCCCCAUCGUCUCCUUUCCCCCGGCGUUGCUCCCAUCCCCAAAAACAUCUCUUGCAGGUCGAACAAUUCUGCUUGAGAAGCUCGAGCUCAAGCACGCUGAUGACCUUUUCAAGCUUGUCGGUGGAAGCGACCCAUCCCGAACGUCACUGUGGGAUUACAUGGGCGACGGUCCCUACGCCGAUCCGAACGCUUUCCGAGAUGCCAUCGGCGGAAAGUCAGCAUCGAACGAUCCCUUCUUUUUCGCCGUUAUCGACAAACGCGAUACCCAUGCGACAUAUGACAAGCCUAUCGGGUUUCUCUCUCUGAUGCGCAUAACACCGAAUCAACUGACCAUCGAGAUUGGCAAUGUGUUGUUUUCGUCUGCCUUGCAGCGCACGACCGGUGCUACGGAGGCGUUCUAUCUCCUGGCAAAGCAUGCGUUCCAGGAUCUGGGGUAUCGACGAUUGGAAUGGAAAUGUGAUUCGCUAAAUGAGCCGUCGAGGAAAGCGGCACUGCGACUUGGGUUUACGUAUGAAGGGACUUUUCGACAGCACAUGGUUGUGAAAAGCCGGAGUCGGGAUACGGCGUGGUUUUCGAUGUUAAAGGAUGAGUGGGAGGAAGGAAUAAGAUUAGCUAUGGAGGGAUGGCUAUCAGGGAAUAACUUCCAGGAAGAUGGAACUCAGAAACGCAAUUUGCAGGACUUUAGAGCGGACACUGAUGUCAAGAGGGUUUGA